AUGCCAGGAAUCGAUCCCUCGGUUAUUGUCUAUAAGCUGAAUGUGGAACCGAGUCAUCGACUAGUGAAGCAGAGAAUAAGAACUUUCGCUGCUGAACGAAAUCAAGCUAUUGCGGAAGAAGUAGAGAAGUUGUUAAAAGCUGGAUUCAUCUGGGAAGUGGAUUACCCAGAAUGGCUGGCCAAUGUGGUGCUAAUCUACAUGGAUGAAGCAGAUCAAGAGAAAACUGCUUUCAUCAUAGACCGAAGACUCUACUGUUAUAAGAUGAUGCCCUUCGGUUUGAAGAACGCAGGAGCCACUUAUCAGGGACUGGUCAACAAGAUGUUUCAGGGUCAUAGGGGUAUCGAAGCAAAUCUAGAGAAGGUCAAGGCUGUCCUUAAGAUGGAGGCACUGAGAACAACGAAACAACUCCAACGGCUGACAGAAAGAAUUGCGGCUAGGGGUGUAAACGAGCCGAUCCUGCGCGGUGAGGAAUGUGAGGAAGCUUUCGGAAAGUUGAAGAAAUACUUAACGAACCCUCCAUUGUUGAGCCGCCCUUCCGAAGGGGAAAUACUCUAUCUUUAUUUGGCAGUCUCCCCCUCAGCGGUAAGCUCGGCUUUAGUUAGAGAAGAUGCAGGGAUUCAAAAACCAGUCUACUUUACGGGUGAGGCACUUCACGGAGUAGAGGAAAGAUAUCCUCGGAUUGAAAAGUUGGCGUUCGCUUUGUUUGUCUCGGCCAGGAGAUUGAGGCCAUACUUUCAGGCUCAUGCUAUUCGAGUCUUAACGGAGUAUCCGAUGAAGAAGGAAGCGAAAGAACUUCCAAUAGAAUUAACUUGGGUCGUGUAUGUGGAUGGUUCCUCGGCAUGGGGCAGAAGCGGGGUAGGUGUCCUCCUCGGGAACCCUAAAGGUCAAGAGUUCAAUUUUGCUAUAAAACUGGACUUUGUCACAACGAAUAAUGAAGCAGAAUAUGAAGCCGUAAUACCAGGUUUGGCAUUAUCCCGAGAGAUGGGAGCAACUAAUGUUGAAAUCCGAAGUGAUUCUCAAGUAGUGGUGGGCCAAGUUCAAGGACAAUUUGAAACACAAGAAGAUCGAAUGGCCAGAUAUCUGGACCAGGUGCGCCAAUUCCAAUCUUAUUUUGAAAUGGUUGUUAUCACAAAGAUACCUCGGGAGGAAAAUAUCUGA